CCGUUAUCGCAGCAGUAAUUGUGUCUAGGAGAGAGCUGCCUCUCUGGUCCUUACGGAAUGUGCUGACACCUGAGGGCACUAACUCAGAACCCAAAGUCUGGGGUGGCUCUUUUGGUAUGUACUUUCCUCUCUUGUUAGAGGAUACAGUUUUGAUGUGAAGCUGUACCGUGUUUUAAAUAAGCUGUAAGAGCCUCGUACUGAAGCGCUGCAGAAGUCCUGGCUCCCGCUGACUAAGUGAGGAGUAAUGGUGCACGGCUGAGGUGGUGAAUGGCCGAGGAUCCUGAGGAGAUGUCACUGGUGACUGGGGGACUGACACUGGUUUUCUUCCGCAGUCGGAUGCUCUCAGUCACCUUAAAGCAUUGGUUAAUUACCUGCUUGCUCCCCACCUAGGCUGAACUUGAUGAGAGGCAUUUCCAUGUACAGCAGCCCAAGGAGCAGCAGAUGUUCUGGGUUGUUUUCCAGGCCUCAGCCCAUACUGCUGCCUGAACUCCUGACCGAGCACUGAAGGCCAGAAAGCAGGUGCCUGUUCUCGGUAUCUACUUGUCUCAUCCUCUCCUGCCUUGCCUGUGCCACUCGCAGUCCUACCGGACUCCUUUGCUGCCUGCUCAGCUCUUGGUUUCUUUGCUCGCCCCUCUGAGCCUUCUGGAUGCGGUGAGGCCCUGGGGUGAAGCUGGCGCGUUGUGGUGGCAGCGCCUGGUGCCUCUCCGGAGCGGGGCCGUUCCUAAACACUGUUCAAACAAGCAUGGUGUGUGUGUUCAGAAUAAUGGCUUAGGGCCAAAGUCCUUCUCUGAGUGAAGAUGUAAGCCAUAAAAAUCCGAGGUCUUAAACUGGUGAGAGGAUAAAUAAUUAGCGGAGUGCUGAAGGUAGAAAAGAUAAAAUGGAAGCUCUGCUGCGUGCAGUUAGAGACUGAGGUGAAGGUGGGAGACCCAGAGGAGAGGGGGCCUGGGAGAGCUGUUAAACGCACUUGACCAGAGCUCUCUUUGCACAGCACAGUUUCUGAUGCUGCUCUGUAUGGGUUUUGUUAACUUUCGCUUUGAAAUUAAGCGAAUUGCAUUUGCUGGUGGGGUUGAGUGGCGGGAGGUGUGUUACGUUUUCAAGAGGAGAUGUCUCAGCCCUGUUCCUCUCUUUCCUCGAAGGCCUCGGUGGGCAGGCAGAGCCCGAGGGUGGUGCCGUACCCAGCCCGCAGCCUGUGUCCUGGAGAUCCUGGCCUUCAGAGUGCAGCAGUUGUGUCAAUGGGCUCAGCUGACCAUCGACUGAACCUUGCAGAGAUCCUUUCGCAGAACUAUGGUGUGCGGGAAGAAAGGGAAGAAGAUGAUGAUACUCAGGAGAAGCAGAAAUCCUUAGAAGAGCUGGAGAAGAGUUUCAGUGCCUCUCAGCUGGUGGUGUGCUCGGUGAUUGUUCCAUUCCUGAUGAAGCUUUGUCCUCCUCUCGCCCAGAGCAGUGAAAUGCCAUUUGAGGAGCUGCUUGCACUUUAUGGCUAUGAGGCAUCUGACCCCAUCUCGGAGCAGGACAGUGAGAGCAAUGAUAUUACUCCAAAUCUCCCAGACAUGACUCUGGAUAAGGAACAAAUAGCGAAGGAUUUGCUUUCAGGGGAAGAAGAGGAGGAGACACAGUCUUCAGCUGAUGAUCUGACUCCAUCCGUCACAUCCCACGAUGCAUCGGACCUAUUCCCCAACCAGCCUGGCUCAAACAACUUCCUUGCUGAUGAAGAUAAAGAGCCCUGUUCAUCUCCAUGUGCUUCCUCCAUGGCUGACGAGUCAGAGGAGGAUUCCAUCCCAUCCAACGAGUGUAAGAAGGAGAUCAUGGUUGGACCCCAGUACCAAGCCGCUGUUCCCAUCCUCCACUCAAACAGGCACGGGGAGAAGGUGCUUUUUCUGUUAGCUUAUGAGAAUGAAGAUCAGCUGCUCUGGGACCCAAACAUUCUCCCCGAGAGGGAGGUUGAAGAGUUCCUGUACCGUGCCAUGAAGCGGCGGUGGGACGAGCUGUCUGGCAGCGGCCUGCCGGAGGGGGAGGUGGUGAAGGACAACGAGCAGGCUUUGUAUGAGCUGGUUAAAUGCAACUUCAAUGCAGAAGAGGCACUGCGGAGGUUACGGUUCAAUGUGAAGGUUAUCAGAGAUGAGCUUUGUGCCUGGAGCGAGGAAGAAUGUAGAAAUUUUGAACAUGGCUUCAGGGUCCAUGGGAAGAACUUCCAUCUGAUCCAAGCAAACAAGGUCCGCACCCGGUCAGUGGGCGAGUGUGUGGAGUAUUACUACAUGUGGAAAAAAUCAGAGCGCUACGACUACUUCACUCAGCAGACUCGUUUAGGAAGGAAGAAGUACGUCCUCCACCCUGGAGCCACGGAUUACACCGACAAUGACUUGGAUGGGGCUGAAGUAGAAAACACCAGUCGUUCUCGGAGCUCCCCACCGAUUCCCUCUGCGACCAGCUGCCUGGAUGCUCACUUCAGCCAGGACCAGAUGGCCAUAGAGAGUGCAGAGCCCCUGAGCGUGGAGAGCACGGCCUGCAGCUUGGGCAGCAUCAGCGAGUCGGGGCAGGGCUACGAGUGCAGCACGCCUUCGGAGACCAACUGCUCCUUCGAGCCGGCGGAGGAGGCGCCCUCGGGAGGCAGCGCGGCUCCCUGCACGCAGCCCGGCCUCGUCCCCGCGGAGCUGGGGCUCUGCGCCUUGCCGCCCGCAGGACCAGGACUCGCAGAGAAGCAGGAGACGUUGCAGAGCUCUGGUGAGACGAUAACCAUGGACUUCACUCUCCCUGCAGACAUUAAUGAGGGUUUGCCUUUAAUUGCUGGCCCUGUGGAUUUGGACAGAGACCCAGAGGCAGUGGUGGCCCCUGCGCAAGUGUCCUUAUCGGUCACAGAUUUUGGCCUCAUCGGCAUUGGAGAUGUAAAUAGUUUUCUGACUGCUCACCAGGCUUGCCCGGCUCCUGUGGCUCGGUCGGAGCCUUUGUCGCAGUGAGUCUCCAGUCGCAAACCUG